CGACCGAGUAUUAAAGGCAUUUUUUGUAGGAAUAGAGGCAUAAAAUCAAAUGAAAAACAUGUACAGUCGAAAAAUAUGUUGAACUCGUUUUCAAAAGCUGAAAGUUUAAGCAUAAUAAUUACAUUUAAUAACGGAUGCUUGUGUUUAUCAUGAAUUUGCUGUAUAAAACCACACAUUCAAAAAGAAACUGUCUGAUUUUAUUCAACACACGAUCAAACAACUGCAAAUUAGUCAUAUGUUUGCUUUGCUAACAAUUGGUAAAGAUUUACAGCUUACGUUUCACACUAAUACUCUUACCUUUAUAUGCACAGUUAUGAAUUCCAGUAACACAGGGGUGUGUGAGGCGUGUAUGUAAACAAAUACUCACAACGAAACCAUUACCUGUCUUCGUAACGAAACGGCUCGCGGUUUGACAUCGUCAGCCACCAGUGGUUAAUAGUACUUCAUACAUAACGUGAUAUAAAUGGUGUACUUGUUUAUAGUCCUGUUCAAUAAGGGUUGUUAUCUCCCCUGAUUUAUUACUCCCCUUGCGAACUCUUCAGUGCCAAAAGAUAAGAUCAGCAUACAUCCAAAAUAUUGGGGAGCAAACAUGACAGACGGAAAUAGUGCUAAAUCUGAUAAAAAAACUGUAAAAUCACGGAGUUCUAAUAGACAUUAUUGUUGUGUGUGUAGCAAUUACAGAGGGAAAACUGUUGAUAAUAAAACUGUUACCUUACAUCGGUUUCCAGCUAACAAAAUACUUCAGAAUGCGUGGUUAAAACGUAUUAGGACUGUGAGUGCAAGGUUUGUAUUCAAUGAACGUAAUGAUCGUUUAUGUUCUGCUCACUUCAAAGAUGGAAUAUACGAUAGAAAGCUGGUAGAAAACAAUGUACCAUCCGUUUUCAUUCUACAGGAUGGCAGAGUAAAACAAUUUGAAGUUACUUCGAUCUGUAAUAAAGACACACAGAACGCUGAUCAAAACCCAGCAUUUGAGGAUACUGCGCAAGAGGACGAGGACUUCUUGAACUCACCACUGUUUUCCGCUCAUGUUUUGGAGUAUGUUUCUGUUAAAUUACAUGACUAUCAUGGAAACGUUAACGAGGACACAUUUUCUGUUCAUUUGAAUAAAGAAACUCAAACUGUAUCUUGUCAAGUGAAUUGUGCGAUUCAAACCGAGGUUGAAACCGAUAUACAGAAACCAAAGUCUACACGAUCAUUUGGUACGCAGACAGAUUUCAGUGUGAAAAUGUGUAAUAUAGGUGUUCAAGCAAGGCGACCGGACAUAACUAUCGAAGAUGUGAAAGGAAGUGAAAUGUGUAUGUUUUACACCGGUUUACCGAAUGUUUCAACAUUCAAUUUACGAGCCGAUCUCAUUAGACAUUUGCGAAUUAAGUCUACGUGGACUGUGAACACCUAAGACGAUCGAUUUUUCAAGGGGACCGUCUCAACAUGAUAAUUUUAAUUUAUGUUUGAUAGGAAAACAUUCCUAUAAUGAUGGUAAGGUCUGACUUAUUAUGUCACCGAACAGGAUAAGAUUUGGAUUUGUCUUUCCGUCCGUCUGUUCACCAGAGAAUUGUUUUGUUAUACAUAUCACAAAAAGUAUUUGAUCUAGCGUCAUAACACUUUCCUGAAAUGUUCUUUAAUAUUAUAAGCUUGGCAUCUGCGUCAAAGUUGAAAAGAUGAGCUAGUCUGAUCGCAAUUUAUCCGUAUUCCAUCGUCGUCGUCGUCCGACAUGAAAAAAUCUAAACAGGGUCAGCUGGGAUCAAAAUGUAGGCCAGUAGGUAAAUCAUUGUGAAAACUGUGGAAAACGUAAUAGCUUGCGUCUCCAUUCCUUUGUUGUUAUUAUAUGCCCAAGGGGACGUAUUUUGGGAUACAACAGGUGUUCAUCUGGCCGCCUGUCUGUCUGUGUGUCCGUCUGUCCGUUAGCAAUUUCGUGUCGACUCCGCUCUGUAACUCGUGAACCCCUUAAAGGAUUUUAAACAAACUUGACAAAUGUUCUCCACAUCAAGACGACGUGCCAGGUGGCUCGCUUUAAAGUCAAGGUCACACUUUGGUGUCAAGGUCAUAUGACUUUGUUUCAUGUCCGCUCUGUAACUCUUGAUCUGUUUGAGGGAUUUUAAAGAAACAGUGCACAAAUGUCCACCACAUCGAGAUAAGGUCAAUGUCACACUUAGGGGUGGGGUCAAAGGUCAUAUAACUUUGUUUCUAGUGCGAUGUGUAACUCUUGAACUGCUUGAAGGAUUUUAAAGAAACUUGGCACAAAUGUUCACCACAUUAUGACGACGUGCAGAGCGCAUGGCCCGCUUUAAUAGUUUUGGCGAUAUGUGUAGCAUAACUUCUCUCUGAUGGACAGAAACACGGAACAAGAGCUGUCCGUAAGACAGCGCGCUCGACUUUUCUCAGUGCUUGACUCUGAAUUAGAGCUUUGCCAGUAACAAAUUUCCGAGUUAAAUCGGGACAUAACUCUGUCAAAAUUCAAAUCAGAGUAACGGGGAUUGUUUCUCCGCGUGUAAACUGUGAUAGUAAAAAGCAUUUUAAGUUUUGACUUUAUCAAAGACUUAAACCAAAAAUUCUAGGUUAAAAAGGGGCAUAAUUAUAUCCAAAUUCAUAUCAGAGUUAUGGGGAUUGUUUCUCCUGGUGAAGCCUUUGAUGGUAAAUAAGUAUUUUAAGUUUCAAGUCAAUAGCUUUGAUAGUAACAGAGAUAUUUGACUUUAUCAAAAACUUUAACCAAAAAUUCUAAAUUAAAAAGGGGCAUAAUUCUGUCAAAAUUCACAUCAGAGUAAUGAAGAUUGUUUUUCCUGGUGUAGACGUCGAUAGUAAAUAACUAUUUUAAGUUUCAAGUCAAUAGCUUUGAUAGUAACAGAGAUAUUUUACUUUAUCAAAAACUUUAACCAGAAAUUCUAAGACAAAAAGGGGCAUAAUUCUAUCAAAAUUCAAUCAGAGUUACGGGGAUUAUUUCUCCUGGUGUAGACUUUGAUAGUAAAUAACUAUUAUAAGUUUCAAGUUAAUAGCUUUGAUAGUAACAGAGAUAUUUGACUUUAUCAAAAACUUUAACCAACUGCGACGCCGGAGCGAGUGAAAUACCUCUACUUUUUCUUCGAAAAGUCGAGCUAAAAACAGGUACAUCCGAAUUUAUAUCACCUACCGUAUAGUGAUGAUAUAAUAACCCAAACCCUAUUGCCGUUAUAAACUCUUUUUCUUACCGCGCAUAAAUUAAAAUUAUUAUGUUGAGACGGUCCCCUUGAAAAAUCUAUCGGCUUAGGUGUCCACAGUCCACGUAGACUUAAUUCGCAAAUGUCUAAUGAGAUCGGCUCCCACCCAAAGCCACUGUUGGCUGGAAAUACGUGAAGACUACACAAAUACUGAACAUUCCAAAUGAGAUUAGCGCAUGAUUUAGUGCUUCACAGUGUUGCCACAACUUGAGGCCAGCAACCAAGGUAAACACACAAGAAGUAUAUUGGGCUGUCUUAUUUCAACUUAUACAGUUGUUCUUUUAAUGUGAUUUAGACAAGAGCUGGUAAUCGGAAUACUCAUAGGCGUUUGUAACGUAAAAACACAUACUUCCAAAACUGUCAUUUUAAAAAUUAUACAUACAUAUUCAAAAUGAACGUUUCGACAAAGAUCAAAGCCAUAUAACGGAACAGUGAUUAGGACAAAGGUCAAAGAUGGAGAGCAACGUUCCGACAAUGCAGCCUCCCCAACACCAGAGAAUGUGAAUAAUUGACAAUUCCCCCCAAAAAGUGACAAAAUGAAACAAUUAGACUACUAUGUAAAAACAGACAAAUUAAGGCACAUUGUUUGGCACCGCCUUGGAACUACCACUUGGAGUUUUGAACGGUUUAAUGGUACACACCAAACCCCAUUUUUAAUCUCAACAGUGUUCUCAAGGUAUGGGACAAUGUAAAUAUAAGUUAUCACUCUCGGGUACAUCCCUAGAACGCAAUGGAAACAAACGGCACAAUAUGUAAACCACAAAGUCACUCGUGUAAAAUACAUAAAAAGGUAAAGCGGAAAAAAUAUUUACGCAUGUACUUAGUGCACUAAAAAGGAGAUGAACAAGAGAAACACCCUUUAGGACCUCAACGUACUGGUCAAAAGACAAGGGCAGUUCAGUCCCUGUGGGUUUUAAUAACUGCCUAUCAUUGGGUCUUCCACCUGCUCCGUCAGACACCGCAGCUCAAUCCCAGCGGGCUUUAACAACUGUCAACAAGUACAAAAGUUGCUGCAAGAUGCAGCAAAAGGAAACUCCGUGCCAACCAAAGCAGUGUAUGUAGUACUGAUAGAUUACGAGGUGAUAUAACGAUGCUGUAGACCCUAGGCAAACAGACAGUCUGAUGAUGUUUCAUGAAUGUUGGAGAAAGAGGCGUAAAACACACAGUCUGAAAGGAAAAAACAAUGUGGCUAUUUAGAUUACCGAUUGGCAUAAUUUAACCUUGAACUUUUAAGCCAUACAAAAGUAGAAUCAAGGACGUAAUAACGUUCUUGGUGAAAUUAACAAAAUUUUAUGAAAAAAUUCUUAGAAUACCUGUCAGGAUUCGAUAUUUUAUUCGUGUGUGUGAAAGUUUCAGUUUUUAAAUGUUGGACUAUAACAGCAUUAAAAAGUUAAGAAUGAUAAGUGUUUAUAAAAUACACUUGGGAUGACGAUAAGUAACUCUAAAAACGACUUUUAAAGUAUUGUAUGUAAAUUACCAAGGACGUAAAUGUCUUCUUCGAAUAACUGCAUAAAUAUAUGGAUCACUUUCUAAUGUACAUUUAAACAGAACUGCUUGGACAAUUCACACCUUCAAGCAUGUCUGGAUUUUGUCAUUUGUAUCAUUAUACAAUUUUAUAUGAAAGGUCCUUUUAUGAAAUUUUGUCGGUAGAUUAAAUCAGUAUGCAUGCUG